AUGGCAACCGAACCCAAAUUCCACGAGACCCCCGAAUGGGAAGCGCCAGCGGCAACACCCAAGAAAGACAUCCUCUCGAAACUAAACCUCUUCGCCACCUCCUCCCACACUCCCUCCACCCCAAAAGAAACCCCAGCAGAGACAUCAGGCGUAGAGACCGGCAGCGUGAAGCGCACGUUCUCGGAUCGAUGGCUACCGCAUUGGCUAUCAUGCAUGGGCCGCAGCCGCAAGAAUUUCUUCUGCAGCAUCGCGGCUCUGAUUCUCCUCCUCGGACUCAUUCUCGGUCUCGCGCUUGGGCUGGGAUUGAGUCACAAGUCGAAAAAAUCGCAGAACUUGCCGCUGCCGUCUGAUACGGGUAUAUUUACGGGUGAUUUGACGUAUUAUAGUCCAGGGCCCGGGUAUGGAGCGUGUGGGUACGAGAAUACGGCCGAUGAUUCCAUCUGUGCUGUCUCGCACUUGCUGUGGGAUGCGGUGUCGACGAGCUCGAAUCCAAAUGAUAAUCCGUUGUGUGGGAAGAAGAUACGGAUAACGAGGUAUGAUUCUACUGUGGGUGGGAAUAGGAGCGUGGAUGUAGAGGUUGUGGAUAGGUGUGUGGGGUGCCUAGCUACGGACUUGGAUUUGAGCUUGAAGAUGUUUACGAGUCUAGCAGAGGAGGCGGAGGGGAGGGUCGUGGGGAGUUGGGCGUGGUUGAAUUGAGUGAUACCCCUGGGCUGUAUAAUGAAUGGGCAGAGGGAGGUAUAUAAUGUUUACUGGUACAAUGGGAGAGGCUAUGAUUGUCUCUGGCGGCAUGCUUGGAUACCCUCAAGUUUGAUGGAACUGCUGUAGGAUGCUGGUAUGUUCAGUCGAUGUCGGACAUGACAAGGCCACUGGACGCUCUGGCUCAGUGUAUAUCCUUCGUACAGAAACUAGAAGUCCCGUCACUUGCCAUCCUGGUUCAAUAAAAUGUUUAAGUACCCCUUCUCGAUCGAUAUAGUGAG